AAUGCUUGAUAAAAUGAUUGCAUAUGGGGAUGUGAAUUUAAGUAAGAAGAAGAGGGGGGAGUUACAGUUAUGGGGAAGGACACGCCUCCGUCUUGUGCUGUAAAACCACAGCAAGUUGCAGCCUGUGGGGAAGGACAUGAGCUCCCUUAUAAUGAACUAACAGAGACCCAAAGCGGGACGAGAACCGGAUAUUUCUGUCCAGCAAAGAUCAGCGACAAGCCUCCCCAAUUAGAGGAUCAAACCGUUUCAAAAUGAAACAUGGUAACAGUAGCAGAGUGCUCGAAGAAGACAGUGUCGUGAGCUAUGACUACUCCACAUCCAUAGGCGCCCUCAUCCUCAGCCUGGUGUUCCUCCUGGGCGUCCCCGGUAACCUCUUCAUCAUCUGGAGCAUCCUAGCACGCACCAGGAAACGCUCCGUCACCACCAUUCUCAUUCUCAACCUGGCGUGUGCAGAUGGGUUCCUCAUGACCCUCACCAUCUUCUUCAUCAUCUAUCUGGCCAAGCAGACAUGGAUCUUUGGUUCCUUUAUGUGUAAGAGCGUCUUCUACUUGUGCAACGCCAACAUGUAUGCCUCCAUCUUCAUGAUUACGCUGAUGAGCGUGCACAGGAUGGUAGCGGUGCUGUUUCCACGGAAGCUCUACCUGAUAACCAGAAAAGUUGUGACGAGGGUGAUCCUGUGCAUGUGGCUGCUGGUCAUGGUGAUUUCCAUCCCUUCACUGGUGUUUCGAGAACUGGAAACUGAGAUUGACAACACCACUGGGCCACGGCUAGUGUGUGCACCCAAUCACACCUUGCCCACUCAUGUCAGGUUUCAGUAUGCUUUGGAGACGGUUUCAGGAUUCAUUAUUCCAUAUGCAAUCAUCAUAACCUGCUAUGUCCUCACCCUGAAACGCCUGAGGCAGACCCAGUUCAAGCGAAUGGUUCGCAGUGAAAAACUAAUCCUUGCUAUUGUUAUUACGUUCGGCGUGUUUUGGCUGCCAUACCAUGUAAUCAACAUGGUGCAGGUCGCAGCUGAGUGGUAUGCAGAGGAUUCGCCUACAAGAGAAAAAUUGGAUAAAAUUCAUCAGUCCUGCCGUGCCGUGACCUCAGCGUUUGCUUUCAUCAGCAGCUGUGCCAAUCCUGUCCUUUACACGUUUGCUGGGAAGUCCUACAUCAAGAAAAAUGGAUUCGCCUUCAUGGCUAAGCUCUUCGAAGGCACGUCGUCAUCAUCGUCGGCGUCAUCGGAAAUGGCAGCCAAACAGAAUGUCUUAAACACUGUAGGACAGAUUAACGACGACUCGUUGAUCACUGCGUCCUAAAAAGCACACAGCGGAUCAAUGAUCCAGGUUAGAGCAUUUUAAGGACCAUGGAUGGAACAUGAAUUGUAAAAUGUGCAAAUCUACUUGUGGGACAAACUUUAAUUUUUUUUUUUAAAACAUUACCAUAAACGUCAACAUCAUAAAACAUAAAAGGCCUCUAACUUUAAAUUAGCUGAAUUUGAAUGAAAACUAGUUUAAAUGAGCAUAUACCAAAGUUUUACAAUGUUUGCUCUGAUUACCAGCAUGGUGUGACAAGAAUGACAGAAAAUUUGUUAUUUAAUGGUAAUUCAGUGCUCAUUUAUCAAUGGUUGAAAAUAAAAGGUUAAAGUUGCAGGAUAUUUCCUUUAAAGCCAACUUGAUUUUGCACAUCUCUGGCUGCCAGGGAGUGAGCUCCAGAGCUAAGCAGCAGAGAAAAUAAAUACUUCCUCCCCUUCUACUUAAAUCCCUGUAAUGUAUAUAAGUGCCACGAUUGUCAGCUGAAUGCACUUUACAUAAAAAACCAGGAACAGUUCUAAUAGUCCGUUUAAUUUCAGCCAUAGACACGCUUAUAUCCCUUCAAAGCUUAACCCAAUCUAUUUUUAUUAAUGGUUUAUGCUCAACUGAUUUAUUUUUAAACUUAAAAUAAAGUAGUUACACC